AUGGGCACCUUAAAAUUAAUCUUGUUUUUCUUGGCUGUUUUUCAUUAUUGUGAGUCUGCUAAUAUUUUAUAUGUGGUUCCUUUUACUUCGAAAUCUCACUAUAUUAUGUUAAAACCUAUUGGUUUGGAGUUGGCUCGAAGAGGACAUAAUGUGACUGUGAUUACUGGCCAUCGGGUUGAGAAUCCACCACCGAACUACCACCAGUACAUGGUGGAUGAAAAGGAAAUUUGGGAUGUUAUAGGAGGCAGCCGACCGAACGUAUUCAAAAUGGUCGAAAUAUCAGCAGAAAAAUUCCACGAAAACGUACUAUGGAAAGGAGGUCUAGCGUUUACCGAACUCACUCUAAACUCGACGCAAAUCAGAAAACUAUUACACGAAGACACCAAAUUCGACUUAGUGAUAAGCGAACAGUUUUUCCAAGAGGCCAUGUAUGUACUAGCCCAUAAGUACAACACUCCGUUAGUAUUGGUGACAACUUUUGGUAACUGUAUGCGACAUAACAUAGUAGCAAGGAAUCCCUUGCAGUUGGCUACAGUCAUCUCAGAAUUUUUGGACGUCAGAAAUCCGACAACGUUCUGGGCUAGAAUGAGGAACUGGUACUUUACUAUAUACGAAUACGUCUACUGGAGAUUCUGGUACUUAGAAGAACAGGAGAAGUUUGUGAGAAAGUAUUUGCCAGAUUUGCCAAAGCCAGUGCCCAGUUUGUAUGAUUUGCAGAAGAAUGCCUCCCUCAUAUUGUUGAAUGGACACUUUAGUUUUGAUACGCCUGCAGCUUAUCUUCCUAAUGUUGUUGAAAUUGGUGGAGUGCAUCUGACUAAGAGUGAUACCAAGUUACCUGAGGAUCUUCAAAAGAUAUUAGAUAACGCGAAGGACGGUGCCGUGUAUAUGAACUUUGGUUCAAAUGUACGCAGUUCAGAGCUCCCUGAAGAGAAAAAGAGGGCAGUUCUCAACGUCUUUAGGAAAUUAAAACAAACAGUUCUAUGGAAAUGGGAAGACGAUAAUUUGGAAAAUAAACCUGACAACCUGAUUGUGAGAAAAUGGCUGCCGCAAAAAGAAAUACUAUCUCAUCCGAACAUAAGGGUGUUUAUAUCCCACGGCGGCCUAAUAGGAACUCAGGAGGCGAUCUACCACGGAGUUCCAAUCAUAGGGAUUCCAAUUUACGCGGAUCAGUAUAACAAUUUGUUGCAAGCCGAAUCGUUUGGUUUUGGGAAAAUUUUGGAGUACCAUGACAUUAAUGAGGAAACAUUGUCAGAGGUUUUACAAGAGAUGCUUACUAAUGAUUCGUACAGUAUUAAGGCUAAAGAACUUUCAGCAAGAUUUAAAGAUAGACCAAUGGACGCACUAGAAACUGCUAUGUUUUGGAUUGAGUAUGUUAUAAGGAAUAAGGGAGCUCAUUACAUGAAGAAUCCUGCUUUAGAGCUAAGUUGGCUUGCUUAUACUAUGAUUGAUGUGUAUGCCUUCGUUUUUGUUUUAGUACUUGGUUCUCUCUACGCAAUAAUAAAAGUGUUCAAGCUAAUAUCAACUUUAUUGGAAUCGAAAUCAAUGAAAAAGCAGAAGAAACAUUAA